AUGGAAAGCAUACGGAUGCAGACUAAGGUUACCCAUUACUGUAAUCUCGAUUUGCUCGACGAGUACGGCAAGCCGGUGCAAUGCCAUAUAUCCAAGGCUAUGGAGACCAUGGGACUGGUACUGCCUGGCAUGGACGAUGGAAAGUCCCUAACCACCCUCCACGACGUUUUCAUUGUCAAAGACGGCCAGGUAACGGUUCAAGCUUCGCCGAGUCAUCCUUAUCAGUACCUUCUGACAAGUGAGACUGACGCUCACUCCCAGACCCUCCAGCUUUUCAAUAAGAAGUCUUUCCUCGUUCACCACGCAGGCAAGACACAUGGUGCUCCGUCUGCUAAUCGCAAGCUCGAUGUCGGUCAUACUCUUGAGAAGGAUGGAUGGGCUCAUCACGGCCUCGUGGAGGUAGAUGGUCAGAAGGUGAAUAAGUGGGUUAGGAGUGGAGCCGAGGGUGUUGACUCCAAAACUCACGCAAAUUUCACCGCUCUCGCCCAAACUGGUUUGGUGCCCAACUCUUGGACUCUCUACACCGACGAGGCCGAUGAGAAGAUGGUCAAACUGCUGGCCACGAAUACGUUCGAGAACAACAAAGUGUACCAGGUGACCGAAGUGACCCACUGGGAGAAGCUAGACGAGGCAAAGACGGUAGAUGAUACGCUGAAGCAAGUUUACUCAACAUACGACAUUGCUGACCACUCCACGGCGCCUCCCACUGAGGAUGAGGCGCCAUUGUUGGAAGCACGCUUCAUCAAGACUCAUCUGAUCAGCGAAUCUGCCCGCAUCUUCUUCAACGACGGUGAGCAUCCUGAUUGGAGGCCAUCGACAAGGCUCCUCCGUGGCAAGCAAGCGACCCCUUCUAUUGACUACUUCACCAUAGUUGAAGGUACAGCCUCGCAUAAGUACUUCUUGGAGCGAUAUCAGCGUCAACUCCUGGAUCUGCCCAAGUUCGUAUUCCCAAAGGGUUGCACUAUCGGCAAGUCCACCAACGGUGUUCCAUACUGUCUCAAUGUUGGUAUCUCGGCAAACACGACAGCACUAUCUCUCGAUUUCGGUAUGUCCUUCGUUGACGUGCACAAUAAGAACUAUCAAGCAAGCCUCAAGAUAUCCAUCACUAUGAAGUGGCCACAAGCUGAUGUUGUUUUGGGCUUUUCGUUCGAGGGUAGCGGAUGCGCCGUUGUCUUCCAGAAGGGUGUAUCUUUCGCAAGGCUAUACAUCCAAGUGUGCAUCACUGCUAGUGGCUCCGGCAAGAAUCUGCUGCAGCCCGACAACCGCACUUUCGCCGGCAAAGCCUCGGUUUCGGUCUCUUUCAAUAUUGAUGUCCCAGUUGUUCCCACGUUGAAGGCGACUUUAACCGGUGAAGUUGAUGUCCAAGGAGCUCCACACAGUGAUAUAAAGGCCCACGGCUCUCUGGGCCUCGACGUUAACCUCGUGGUAGUCGGUGCCGGUGUGUCUGUCGACAUCUUCGGAAACACUGUGGAGAACCAUGCUAAUGUCUGGGAUUUCCAGUCCCAUGUGAACCUCCACGUUUGGGUGAACAUUUUCGUCUACAAGCAUACCUGGCCAUGGACUUGGACUAUUUGGAAAGCUGGGCCAGUCACUUUCUAAUUGUAGUGGUACUGGGUCAGUGCUAUUCGCUCAUCGAGACAAUUGUAAAUAGUUUUCCCGCAAGGGCGAUGUCUAAUAUUGCGAAAUGCUUGAUCAUGGAGUUCUGGGAGCUAGAUUUGCCAUAUUGUGCCCCUUUUCAUUCCAUGAACAUGUGUCUUAUAUGUGCU